UUAAAAAUAACCCACUGUAAUCAAAGACAGCAGUGCAAUUUUGAAGCAUCAUGUCACAAAUAUGUCAAAAUUAUCAAAUGUAAAAUGUCGGAUUGCUCAGAGUUACCAUUUUUUCCCAAACAUGAAACCAACAAUUUACAAAACCACUCUGAAAUCAGAAUAACGUUUUUCGAGUCAAAAUUUUCUCAGAGCCACUAUAACUAUCAGAAUGUACCGAUUUCAAGCAAUGCCUGUACUCUGAUUGCUGUCUUGAUGGCAUCCUAUUGUAGGCACGAAAGGAUUAUUAUAAACAAGCCUGAUAGUGCUUUAAACGUAAGAUUAAUUUACCUGCUUGCAUAUAGCAUUUUAGAUGGAAACAAAAUUCACGAAAACUUAAAAAACAAAGGUAUUUUAGAUAACUUUAAUUUGACCGUUCCUGAAGCUAUGAAAUUUGCUGGAUAUCGCGCUGAAGGCUUAACUGAAUGGAAAAGUAUGAUUUACAUGGAAUCUUUAUUCCAUUCUCUCUACGCCAACAUAAAAAGCAAUUUAUUAGAAUGGAACAAAAGCAACAAGAACAAACAUAAUUCUGAUUUAUUUAUAAUUUUAAUUGCUGAUAACAGAAGUGUCCUCUUUAUUUUGCAAAAUGAAACUGUGAGCCUGGUUGAUUCUCACCAACAUUCAGAUAACAAAGGCGCCAUCAUCGCUGUGGCUUUAAGGGAAAAAUUUAACAUUUUGUGUUUGUGGUACGGUCAUAUCAUAAAUAAAUGUUACAAAUGUGACCCCGGUUUAUACGAAUUAUCGUUUUUGUAUUUUCAAAGCAGAGAUUGUAAUCAACAACACUAAUUUUAUAGCGUGUGGUCAGCUAUAAUGUAAAAUUUUGUAAUGACUGCAAUUAUUUUCCUAAAAUCAGGUUUUUCCAGUUGAACAAUAAAAUUCACCGAUAUUAUAGAUAA